AUGAUCGGCAAUCCAGAGCAGACGUCACUGCAGACCCUGUCAACACCACCGCAUACCCUGCAGGCGCCUUCUGGAAUGCCUCGACUGGCGUCCGGCGUCCUCUCCUCAUUCUCUCCUUCUCUCCUCCUCUCCCGCUUAUCCACAAUGGCAACCUCAGUGCCAAUCCUAGCCUUCAACGACGUCUACCGCGUCCAGCAGCGCUACGUUCCUCAGCCCGGCUGUCCCGACCCGCCCAACGCCUUUCCCCCCGAUGCGGAGAUCAAGGUCGGCCAGUUUGCCCAGCUCGUGUACGACCUGAGGGCGCAGUGGCCGCUGCGCAAACCGGGGCUCGCGGAGGGGGGCUCGGACGAUGAUGGACGGGACGGCCUGUUUCUCUUUGCAGGCGAUGUGUUCUCCCCUUCAGUCGAGAGUAGCGUCACGAGAGGCAGUCAUAUGGUCCCCGUCUUGAACGCGAUCAAGAUCGACGCAGCAUGCGUUGGUAACCACGACUUUGACUUUGGAUACCCGCACAUGACCAAGCUGGUCGGCGCUACCAAGUUUCCCUGGCUGCUGUCCAAUGUCAUUGAUGACCGCACCGGACGGACUCCGGCGCCCCUCCACCGCUUCGUCGUUGAGGAGCGGUGCGGAGUCAAGGUCGGCCUGGUGGGACUCGUCGAGGAAGACUGGAUCGCGACGAUUCCCUCUUGGCCGAGCCACUUCCGCUACCGUCCCAUGAAGGAGGUUGGACUCGAACUCAGCGAGCUCCUGCGCGACCCGAACGGACCGUACCGCGUCGACAUCAUCAUUGCGCUCACGCACAGCCGCGUGCCCAACGAGCUCGGUGCUGUGAACCGUCCUGACGAGAUCCGGAACACGCACGGCGUCGACCUCAUCAUUGGUGGCCAUGACCAUAUCUACUACGGAGCCGCUUCAUGGGACGGCUUUGUUGGCCUGCGCGACAAGCCGGGCACGGAAGGCGACGACGGGAUCAUCAAGUCCGGCACCGACUUCCGUGACCUGUCAAGUGCGACGCUGAACCUCUCCCCGCCAGACGACACGGCGAUCCGGCGGCGUGUCAUCGACACCCUCACGGGGAAGCAUCACUACGUCGUCCCCUCUUCCCCAACCAACCCCGCAGUCGAUAAGCUCAUGAACAAACUCCUAAGCAGCGUGACCAAGACGCUCUCCCAGCCCGUGUGCUUCAGCAUCACGCCGUUCGACGCGCGCAGUGAGGUCGUGCGAACGCGCGAGUCCUCGCUGGGCAACUGGACGGCCGAUGUGCUGCUGCACGCGUACGACGAGAGUCUGGUCGAUAAGAAGAUUGUCGUUACGAAGAAUCCGGAUCAUGACUCGAAGCUGACCAUUUCGUCGGGCGCCGACGCAUGCAUUAUCUGCGGAGGCACGCUGCGAGGAGACAGUCAGUACGGCCCCGGCAAGAUUGGGCUUGGAGACAUUCUCGAGAUCUUCCCCUUCGACGAUGCGGUGGUGUGUCUGGAGAUCGACGGCGAAGGCAUUUGGCAGACAAUCGAGAGCGGUCUCUCCCGCUGGCCGGCGCAGGAGGGACGCUUCCCCAUCGUCUCUGGCCUGGCGGUCGAGUGGGACUCGCAAGCACCCCCGAUGCACCGUGUCAAGAGCAUCCACCUCACCCUCCCCUCAAGCGGGGAGGACAUGGAGGACCCCGUCGAAUUCGUAGACACGGCGGACGGAACCCGGCUCGAAGUCCGGCGCGCCCGGCUGCGUCUCGGCGACGAGGUCAAGAACGAGAAGGGCGGGCGAAUCUACCGAGUGUACAUGGCAGACGGGUUCGACGGCUUCGAGGCGCUGACGGGACGCAAGUUCCUCGUCGACCACGAAACGGGCACGAGCAUCAGCAACAUCAUCCGGUCCUUCCUGCUGGGAUCCGCGUACAUUAUGCGCAAGAAGCAGCUCGUCGAGGACGCCGAGGUUGCCGAGCAGGCUGCCGCGGAUGCGCCCGCGGCGGCCGCCGCCGCCCACGGCCAGAACACACAGGGCGCGCAGGGCACGCCCGCCGUCUCCAUCCCGGGUGCCCCCUCAACCCCAGCAAAGGGCCACGCGGCAGCCUGCGACCUGACAGACGCCGUGGGGCCCGACGGCGUGAGUCCCGCCAACGGCGCGUACUUCGGCACCAAGACCCCGCUCGUGCUUAAGAAGCACCGGGAGCGGGCCGCGCGCUCGCCCGUCGCAUCCCCCCGUGCCAGUCUGGCAGGCAGGGAGCGCAAACCGGCCACAGAGAUGAACACCCGCGCCGUUAGGGAUAGGGGCGUCGUCGACGUCGCGGUCGAGCAGAGGGGCCACAUGCCGGGGGGCGACUACAAUGUGCAACUCGGGGAGCCGGAGCCCGCCUCGAGUCUGGUGCAGGUGCAGGAGGUCGAGCUGCCCACGAAAGACGCUUUGCUCGACCCAUCCUUCACGCCCGAGCAGCCGGGUCAUAUGCCCGGCGGGACGGAGAAUGUCUUUGACCCGCCCGCGGCGCCAGCCGCUACUCAAUCCCAGGGAACCCGGGGAACCCAGGGUAACAAUGGGGAGCAAGUAGUCGUCGAGGGAGAACAGGUGCAAGUCCAAGAGAGCAGCUGGGACUUCCUCCGGCACCACGUCGUGCAGCACGACUGGGACUUUAUCAAGGAGGCAAUCUACCUCGCGAAGCACGAGCACAUGUCGGACGUGGACCGGUUCAAGGGCGACCUCAUGCGCAGGAUUCAGGCGGGUGUCUCGACCGCCCCUACGCCCGCGCGCACGCCUACGCCUGCGCCGACGCCUGGUCUCACUGCUGGUGGUCCCGGGGCUGCCGGCGCUGCUGCCGCAGGUGGCCUCACAGGAAUGAGAGGGGAAGGAAACGUGGGCAUGCCCUGCGACGACAAGUGUAAACUGGAGAUUGACCAGUUGGACAAUGACCUUGCUAUUGUCAGUCCGCUGGUCGAUGGGCGGUUGAGGGAUAUGUCGGGGAUGGAUGGCCUGUGA